GAGAAUGAGAUGAACGGAGAGAGGAGGGCGACGAGGCCUCGGCGGUGACCGGUCGAAUCAACAGCUUCUGUCCUCCGGCGAGGACACGCUGCCUCUGCUCACACUAAUACCUCAGACAUGCUGUCACACUCAGGCACAUCCCCUCCUCCCAUCCUACUCUCCACUCUCUUUCUAUUUUGUGCCUCGUCUUUUUGCACAUUUGCCUCGUCACCCGGUAGAGCCAGUGCAUUAGCAGAGCCCAGAGGACGACCGGAGAGAGGAAGAGUAGAUGACAACAGAAACAAAACAUCAUCAGCACAUGUUCGUCCUCCGGCUGAAAGCGAGACACGCGACUCUCAGAUAUGAUGAACAAGUCGUGCUGUUGCAGGAACCUUAAAUCUCUGGAAGGCUCGAUCCAGAACCUGCUGUCCGUGCUCUACCCGCCCUUCGAGGCCACCGCUCCCACUCUCCUCAGCCAGCUCUUCCAAAUCAUCGACAGUCGCUUCCAGGGAGACGCCCUGCGCUGUUUGCUGGACUUUCUGGUCCCGGCCAAACACAUCUUGGACACCGUGCAGCAGGCUGCAUGUGCCCAGUACUCUGACGUCCUCUUCCUCUGUGAGGGCUGGCCUCUGUGUCUACGGGACCGAGUCGUCGUCCAUCUGGCGCCCAUCGACCCCCUGCUGCUCCGUCCCGGUGACUUCUACCUGCAGGUGGCGCCGUUCUGCGACCAAUCGGCUCGCAUCGUGGUCUGCAGCCUCCUGGAAGAGGAGGAGCUCCAAGCAGAGGUAGUCGAGGAGACGCCGAUCCCUGAGACGUCGUAUCCCUGCAUCUUCAGCCUCGACUGGUUGGAUGAGGUCAACCUCGGCCGCCGCGGGACGCCUCUCAGCCGAUGCCUGCUCGCCGCCGAGCAGGGCGUGGUGAGGUUGCCAUGGGAACGGGUGGCCGUGCCUGAUUUCGUGGACGUGCCUCAGAGCUCUGGGAGUAGCAUGGCCUCUGCUCCUUCCUCAUUUCCUCCUUUACUGCCUCUGCUUCCUCUUCCUCCUCCUCCUCUUCCUGACUUUACUGAGAAUUCCUCAUCUUGUAAAUCUUUCCCUCUUUCCUCUGCGAAGGAAUCUGCACCGAAGCAACAGAAUUCAGUUCUAACGUCUUCCUCGCGUCCUUCUGCCUUCUCUGUGGAGACCAGGAUAUGUCCAGCGAAGCACGGCAUCGCUGUGUCGCUUUGCCUGGUGGAUUCUAGCGCUGCCGCUUCAUCCAGACCGGUGAAAGUUAAAGAACCUGAAGCCGAUCCUAAACCGAUCGGCUGGGUGUCGCCUAACACAUGGGACAGCAGAUUCACUGGGACGAAACCAAACACAGCCAGUAAAACCAGCACCGCUGCAGAUACAGGCAGCCCUGAUAAAACUAUACGCAAAGGUGGGAGUAAAAGAGAUUCUAAAAACCUGCAAGAUUCAAGCAGAAGAGCAGCAGAAGGUGAAUACAUCGAUAUCCAGCAGGCCGUGAAGCUUUUCGGUCAAACUCCGUCACUUUCAGAAGAACGACCGACAUCAGACGCACAAAUGGAAGCACAAAGAUUUCCACCGAGGCAACGACCAGCAGCUACACCGACACAUGUUCAGCUGCCUACACAACCACAGAGUCCUUCUAGAUGUGGUGCUGCUGCUUCGUCUGCAGGACCUCCAUCGUCCCUCCACCGUUCCCCUCCACACCAGGCUUACCCCGACUCCCUGGAACCCUCUGAGUGUGCUCGUUCCUCAGAGAAGCCGUGCACGCCCUGCAUGAAGCGGAGGCAGGGCGGGAAGGUCAGCAGAGCCCAGGAGCUGAGGUGUCGAUACAGAGACUCCUACCAGGCUGCUCUACAAAACCCCGUCAGCUUCGGACAGGACAGAGUCAGGGGGAACAUGUCGGCUCUGAUGGAGGAGGACGCUGACAGACGGGGACCUGAAACAGAGGAUCCAUGGUGCAACAUUCAGGGAAUGUCCUCUGUCAGCGGAGAUGUUUGUAAGGAGUCAGGAGAAAAGAAUACCUUUCCAUACUGGAAACCAGGAGACGCAAACACAGCUCCCUGCAUGGAUUACAGGGCCGUGAAUGCUUUACCGUUUGGUGGACGACCAGAGGAGAAGACUGAAAGGACCUCUGUGAUAUUUAGAGAACCACAGGAAGUACGAUCCUCCAGAUGUUACGGGAACGUACACAACGAGAAUGGAACAAACCCAGCAGCAGAGCCAGGGAUAAUCACUUCCAAAGCUUUAACAAACGGUCCUGAACAGUCAGAUGUCUCCUCUGAACACCACAGAUUAGCGUUUAGCUCGAGGGAAAUCUCUGGAGCGCGCGCGACCCUCAUGCCUCAUGAAAGGCCUCAGAACAGAACCAGCUCUGCAGCGACACGUGCAGACUUUUCCACGUCAGCGUCACCAAACAGAAGAGAGCGCGUGUCGGAUCGAAGAUGCUCGUCGCUGUCCACGGCGGUGGUGGAGACCUCAGAGAGAUGUGAGGUGGUGAUAGUUGAAGGUCUGAAUGUCCGGAGAAGAGAAAAGGCCGAGUCCUGUGUGGAGGUUCCUCAGCUGCAUGUGGUUAAAUGUAAAAACAGCACCGCGUUUGGGCUGGUUUCACCCAAGAUCAGCAGGAGGAAGAUGGUCGCUGCAGAUGCUGCUCAGCCUGGCGGUGCUUCCAUCACCAGCAGGAAUGGUCCUCUAACGGAGAACCCGUCAAACACAGAUCCAUCUCCAUCGGCGGGGCCACAGAAGAUCUCCCAGCAUGCCUCUGCUCGUCCCCGACCGGACCACCUCCCCCUGGGAUCCCCGGACCCCAGAGCCCACCCCCUCUACCUGGGACUAGCAGCUCUAACAGGCAGCAGAGACCGGACAGGCAGAGCGAUAGUGGAGCUCUAUGGAGACCACCAGGGAUGGAGAUCAGCUGGAACCAGCCAGGAGCUCUUCCAGAUGCUGCUUUACUUCCACUCCAUCACCAGGAAGGAAAUCAGAGAAGCCGGCUUGACGCUCAUUUUUGAUGCCAGGAAAAUAAAUCCGCAACCACAGCUUUAUAAAGCUCUGAUGACCCUUCAGGAGCGAUGCCCUCAGGCCGUCAACAGUUUGAUCGUUCUGGUUGACAAAGAGAACAACCUCCGUCCAGAGAAGUGUCCUGGGAUACAGACGGACGUGAUGACGUCGAUGAAGUCUUUGCUCAGACUGGUGGAGGGGAAUCAGCUGAGCUCCCGGUUGGACGGCUCUCUGUCUCAGAGCCACUGUGAUUGGACGGAGCUGCACCAGAAACUCUUCCCGUUCGUGUACGAUCUCCAUGAGGCGUCCAGCCUGCUGCUGAGAGCCAUCAGUAAGUUGAAGGAGCCUCAGAGGACGGACGCUGUGCAGACUGUGCAGCAGUGCAUGAUGGACCAGAGGACGCUGAUGAGGGACGUUCUGGAGGACGGUCGGCUGGUCGGUCUGCAGAGGGAUGGAGGGUCCAUCCUGGCCCGGCUGAGGAAGGAGAGCGACCUCAGAUACCCCCACUGUGAAGACCUCAGUGACGCCGUGGACUCGGUCACCAGUUUGUACAACCAUGUGGAGGAACAGGCUCACGUCCUGGUGCAGAAGUCCAACAUGUGUCUGGAACAUCUGGAGUUCCUGCUGCAGCUCAGAGAGAUGGAGGCACACUUCACACAGAUUCAGCAGUGGUAUAACGUAGAGGGAGAGCGCCACCUGCUGGAGGCUGAAUCAGUGGAGGACUCUGGAGACCGAAUGGAGCAGAUCCUCAACAGCUUCACCGGGUUUCUGAUAGAAGCCAACGACCGGAGGCAUCACGCCAUGUCGCUGGUGUCGGAGGCCGAGCGACUGCAGCAGAGCGGGGUUUCCUACCCGGAGACGGAGGCCUUCAGGGCCCUGGUCUGCAGCUUCAGGUCGGGUCUGGAGGACUUCCUGUGCCGGGCGGAGGCCUGUGGCAGAGAGCUGCAGAUCAUGGUCAACGUGUGUGAUUUCUGUGAGCAGGCGACUGCACUGGCCGGUGAAUGCAUCGAUUAUCUGGACCAGACUCAGUCCAGGAUCCAAACACCACCAGAUGAAAGUGCCUCCCAGGUCAACCAGAACCCAGACUCCAGUCCGAACAACGCUCCGUCCUCAGACAGCUCCGUCCUCCAGGCCUUCCAGGACCGGUUGCUCCACUUCAGCCCGGACAGGUUCCAGGAGGUGAAGUCUCAGGCCGGCGCCCUGCGAGGCUCUCGGGGAUGCGGGUCUGGAACGUGGCCUGGCUGCGGUGUCAGGAAGCCCGGCAGCAGCUCCAGGAGAGGAUGCAGGACGUGGACCAGGUUCUCCACCUGCAGCCGGAGUCCAGCGGCUGGUGUGAAGGUCUACGUGGACGUAGUGAGCACCAAUGUUCAAACCCCCGGUGGUCAGAGCCUGGUGGUGCAGUCCACCCCCGGACCUCGACACCCGCAGUGGGAGGGGAUCGUGUCCGGAGCCGUGGAUUUAGGGAAGAGGAGGCCGAUCCUGGGCAGCGACGGUGCUGAUCCAACAUCUGGAGCCUGCUGCAACGCCAAAGCUGAAGAUCUCAGAGAAGCUGGAGCCUCCAAAUCUGCUCCUCAGUCACCUCACAGUAGAUCAUCCAGGAGAGCAGAGAGGGAGGCUCGGAGGAGGCAGACCAGCAGAGCGAGGACUGAGCGGGACGCUGCUGCUCUGUCUCAGUCCCACACCGUCGGCUGCCAGUGGUUUCCGUGGAGUCGAGGUCUGGGCUCCAGGUCGGUCAGUCAGGACUCGUGCGCCGCCUCCGGAUCUUUAACUCCUCCUGAGCAGCGGGUUCGGCCUCCCUCUUCCUGCUCCCACCACGGCCAGCCGUCCUGUCGGAUCCUCCAGGAGGCCCAGAAGUUUCAGAUCUCCCGUCACGGCAGCUUCUGCUCCGAGGACUCCUGUCUGAGCGAACGGGGGGCGGCGGGGGGAAAUAACGGGGGUUUGUGCCUCAAACACUCCAGCCUGCCCAUCGGGAGAUACGAGGGGGCGUUCUGUCCACAGGAGAGCCCCAGCAACGCCCUGCGGCUGCAGCGUGUGAUGGAGGAGCUGGUCUUCACCGAGAGGGAGUACGUCCGCUCGCUGGGCUACAUCCUCACCCACUACCUCCCCCUCAUGGACCGGCUGGACAUCCCCCAGGACCUGAGGGGCAAGAGAGGCGUCAUCUUCGGCAACCUGGAGAAGCUCCACCACUUCCACAGCCACUACUUCCUGCCGGAGCUGGAGGCCUGCCAGAGGGAGCCGGCGAUGGUGGCGCGCUGCUUCCUCAGACAUAGCGAGAGUUUUGGCCUCUAUGCUCUGUACAGCAAGAACAAACCUCAGUCAGAUGCUCUGAUCCUGCACCGACGCCACGACAUCUUUAAGAGGAAGCAGCAGGAGCUGGGUGACAUGAUGGAUCUGUCUUCCUACCUGCUGAGGCCCAUCCAGAGGAUCAGUAAAUACAGCCUCCUGCUGCAGGACAUGCUGGCUCUGGCCGCUUCCUUCAGGCCCAAAGACGUGAUCCAGGACUCCCUGUUCAGCUCCAGUGUGUGCGAUCCGGCCGUCCAUGUUCCACAUCUGACCAACGGCGAGCGAGAGCGAGAGAAGGCCGAGAUCCAGGCGGCCGCAGACCUGGUUCGCUUUCAGAUGCGUCACGGCAACGACCUGCUCACCAUGGACGCCAUCCAGGACUGCGAUGUGAACCUGAAGGAGCAGGGCCAGCUGAUUCGACAGGACGAAUUCACGGUUUUCUUUCGGAAGAAGAAAUGCAUCCGCCGCAUCUUCCUCUUCGAAGACCUGAUUCUCUUCAGCAAGACCAAGAGGACGGACGUUGGAAAUGAUGUUUACGUCUACAAGCAGUCAUUCAAGACGAGCGACAUCGGGAUGACCCACAACUCUGGGCUGGGCGGUCUGUGUUUUGAGAUCUGGUUCCGCAGGAGGAAGAGCGAGGACACCUACACCCUGAAGGCCUCCAGCACGGAGCUGAAGAAAGCCUGGACCACCGACCUGGAGAGGAUGUUAUGGGACCAGGCUGCUCACAGCAGAGAGCUUCGUAUGCAGGAGAGGGUUUUUAUGGGAAUGGGUCGCAAACCUUUCAUGGACAUUCAGCCCAGUGAUGCUGCCAUCUGUGAUCGAGCCGUCAGCUGUGUGCUGCCGGGGAGGAUCCCUGUGGCGUGUUGUUCACACAGGGGCGUAGAACUCCCCGUCCUCCCUCCAUCGGCUCCGGCAGCACCGCCUCCACCACCCUCAGCCAGUCGUCCUCCUCGUCCGGCCGCGGCUCGCUGCCCCCUGCUGGUUUUACUGGGAACCAGUCGCAGGGAGUCGACGCCAACCCGGCCGUCUCCUCGUCCCCGACGCCGUGACCGACAACGAACUCAACAACCAGCACCUCCAUCACCACCUUCAUCAGCUUCACCUCCAUCGGAGCUGUGAGCGGUGGAGAAGCCACCCUCUGAUGGACAGCACUGAAUCAUCGGGGGAUUGCAUGAAUCUCUUCAGCAGCACGGACCACAGCUGUCUAUCCGCCAUCAGUGGAGAAAUAGUGGACGAUUCCUCGGUUGCAUCCCAGAACUCGAAGGCCCACCCGGCUCUUUGUCGGACCUCCAGCCUGAGGAGGAACGGAUCACCAGCAGCGACCAGGAAGAAGCCGGGCGUCCCCUCCAAACCUCCACAUCUGGCUCAGAGUGAGGAAAUAUUAAUCGGGAAAUCUACAGAAGUUUGACCCUGGAUCCCCAGCAGGAGAUCAGUGAUCAGCACCCUCUGCUGGGUUCUGCUCUGGUCUCCCUGCAGAUGGACGAUCAUCGAAACUACAUAGAUGUGUGUCUGAUGCGGCUGCAGAACCACGAGGCAGCAGCUUCUCAUCACAAGGCUCUGCUGUUUUAGUGAAGCAGCUGUGGUUUGGUGUCUGUUUCACAUCUCGGUCAUUCAUGUGCGGAUCUGCUGAUCACAUGACUCGUCUUUGCACGAGAGAAGAAGAUCCACGGACGAUGUCAUUGACUUAUUUAUUCAUGGAGGGAGAGACGCAAAUUAUCUCCCUAAAUGAUACAUUUAAAAACUUUUCCACUCUGCAGAAGAAAGCUCAGGAUAGGAGUGGCUUUUAUGUUUUCUGCUGCUACACAUUAAAUCACCGAAUAUUCAGUUUCCUAUCAUGGAAAAUACCUUUUUUCUUAAGUGUUCGGGAGAUAAAAUGUUUUUAUGUGACUUAUCUACAGACUACGCCGUUAAAAACUGCUAAAAGGCCAUUUUAAGAUGCAUUUUGGAAGCAAAUUGUCAUUCUACCGUAACAAAGGAGCCAUUUGAGUAUAUUCUGUCUGUACGGCUGCACAUAAACAGGGAUCAAGAGGUUUCAGAAGCGUUUAAACACAGAGGACCAGCAUCUGCAUCCAGAGCUCAUGGUCUUUUUCUGUUUGUCAGCAGUCAGGACGCUGCUUCUGAAGUUAUUGUUUAUCAUCAUUCAUUUAUUCAUUGUUUUGGUUACAAGAAGAAUAAUGGAGCCUGGAUGCAGUUCAGAUCCAGAGCUGUGAAAUGGCCGUGAGCCCAGGACCAGCUGAAGAACUUCUGACCAUAGAUGGAGAAACAUCUGGAAGCUGCACAGAUGGAAAGGUCAGAUCAUUUGGAGGUGUAGGGGUUCAUAUUUAAGACAUUUUCUGUGAAGAUUUUCAUAUUUUUUGAGGACGUUUUUGCUACUUGAGUCUUUUUAACUUUCAUUUUUACCUGAAUGACUCAACGGUUCUUUCUCUGAGGGGACAGACCACUACCUUCAUGUUCGUUCAACGCAGAGAGACACAAUCCUGACCCUGCGUUGUCAACAUCAUCACAACCAACACAAACUGCUGCAAGCCGAAACCACUUUUUGUUGUUUAGGGUCCACAGAUGGUUCCACACUGAUCAGCUUCACCUUUGUCAUUGUUUGACGGCUUUUUAAAUGUAUUUUCAUGUUUUCUUUACUGACGAAAAUCUGAGUGAAUUGUGAUUUUGUUUUCUUUCAAAGCCACUAACUUUUUAUGACAUCCUUGUUUUUUUCAGUUUUCUAUCCAUUUCUUUCUUUCUUUCUUCUUUAGCUUCCUCUUUUGUCUUUCAUUAUUGCCUGAGUAAUUCUGACUUGAUAAUUCUCAUUUCAGGGGUCAGGGGUUUGUGGUUUCGGUGGAAUCGAUUGCAGUAAUAAGAGGAUGUGGCACCAAACUGUUCCACUUCCUUCUAUCCUCAGAUCACGACAAUUCCUCAGACGGGCAGCUGGACUCUGACAGGUUUUUUUUAGCAGAUGAAGCCCACUGAGACUUUGCUGCAUCCUCGUUUCCUCCCUAAAAACAAGCUCAACUAUAACAUAGCGAUUUAUUAAAAGUAGGGCUGUCCGAUAUCGGCUUUUUUGCCGAUAUUGUCCAGCUGACAAUGACAAAACGAGACAAAAAAUGACAAAAGCGUGAAAUAGAAUGACAAAAAUCAGACAGAAAAGACAAAAAUAAAAACAAGACAAAUUAUGACAAAAAUUAGACACAAAAGGCACUUAAACAGUGACCUAAACGAGCAGAAUGAAGCAGGAAAAUGGAACGAGAGGAUAAAAAUGUACAACAAAUACAGUUAAAGAGUUGUUCAAGAGUCAAAACAUGUAGGUUAUCUUUAAACAUUAACACUGGCUCUUUUUUGCUGUAGUUUUUCAGCAUCAGACGAGCCAAACAUCUGCAGGAAUUUCAAAAUAAAAGACGGUUUUUUAAGCUAUUUAGUGAAAUGUGAGUGUGCUCCUGCAUGCCACGCUGCACUUUGCUGAAAGGUGGAUUUAUUUUGGCUGUAGUUGUUUCUUACACGCCCCCUUCAGAUGAAAACAUGGAUAAACAUUAGGAUGUCCGAUAUUGGCUUUUUGGCUAAUAACGAUAUGCCGAUAUUGUACACUCGAUUUCCGAUUCCGAUAUCAACCGAUACCAACACGUGUGAGCUGUUUAACUAAUUUUAGGUAACAUCACAUAUCUCCUGUGGUGGAAUUAACACAUCAUGCCUCAUUUUAUUGUGAUGCUCCAGAACUACUUCAACUUCCCCUAAUCAGUACACUUCAGGUGUAUAACUCAUCAUGUUUUUUCAUUUACAAGUCGGAUUUUUCAGUCCCUUUAGGUGGUUGUCACCCCACAUGUGUGCCAUCGCAUACACCAAAGCUUAUCUGAUUCCAACCAGGUUUGUGGUGCAUAUUUAAAGAGUCAUAUGCAUCUUUUUUUUCUCUAUGUUUGUGUUGUGUUGCUCUUGUAAAAUCAAGGCGUUAUUUUAUCAGUUUUCAUGAUUGGCACAAAAAAAUAACAAUUUUGACAGAUAUUACUUUUUUCCACCGAUAUCAGGCCGAUAAUAUUGGAUAAAACCUUGCAUACACACACAUCUGAGUAUUUAAAUGCAAAAUGAUGGGUAACAGCUGGUGUUAUGUAUGCAUCCACCUUUCUACUAUUUGCCCUUUUUGGGGAGUCUGGUGAGAGGAUUAAGCAUUUUCUUGAUUUGUCUUCUCUGAUUUUACGCCAAUAUGCCCAAAAAUGAGGCAUAAGUCAUGGGGAAAACAUCAUAUUUAUGCCUUUUUUCUUUUUCAGUUGUCUCAAGCAACAGUUCACUCUCCCUCCCUCUAUGAGUUGGAAAAUGCCAGCGAAAUCCAGGCAUUAUUUUAUCGGUUUGUAUAAUAGGCAAAAAUUGAUAAUAUUGACAGAUAUUACAUUUUAUGCCGAUAUCAGGCCGAUAAUUUCGGACAUCCCUAUUAACAAUACUAAACCCUUGUUGCAUUUAAAUAUUCACAUCUGAGUAUUUAAAUGCAAAAUGAUGAGUAGCAGCUGGUGCUCUUUGUGCAUCCACUUUUCUACUAUUUGCCCCACUGAGGGGCAGCAGUGGUGCUCUGUAAAACGGGGGUUUUACAGGCUUGGUUGAGGGGAUUAAGCAUUUUUCUGGUUUGUCUCCUCUGAUUUUACACCGUUAUGCCCAAAAAAAUCAUUUCUUCUCUAUUUCAGCUGUGCUCUAAAGUCCCUUUUUCUGACUGAAUUCACGUCAGUCCUUUCUGUUCGACCUUUCUUCAACUGUUUUGAGAACUCGUCGUGUUCACCCUGAGAAAUACCGGUGAAAUAUUUUACUGAUUUCAAGUCAAGAAGAUUGGUAGAAUGUGUUUCUGUAAUUUAUCGUUUUAUGUUGAAUCAUACAAUAAUAUAUGGCAUAAAUAAUUUAUCUAAACUCUCA